AUGGCUUUCUGGCUUUAUUUGAUUUUCAUAGCUUCGUCUUUAUUAUUCUACUUUAUACGUAGAAUUAAUAAACCUCCUAAAGAAUUGGAAUUCAUCCCAACAGUUUCUUUCUUUAAAUACUUUUCAAUUUUGUUGAGUAAUGGAGGACAACUUGAAAUUCAAAAACUUAUUCGUGAAUCUGAUCCUAAUAAGAUUGGUUUAGUGAAAAUUUUUACCUAUGGUUGGACAAUUCAUAUAACUGAUAUUGAAUAUGCUAAAUCAUUUUUCUCUGAGAAUGUACACACACUUCCAAAGCUCGAAUUUCCUACCAGAGUUCCAUCUACUAAUUUAUUUGGAAAAGGAAUACUAAUGUCGAAUGGAGACCAUUGGGCGCAGCAGCGAAAAGUUGCAUCACCAGCAUUUAAUCAAGUACUUCGUCCUGAUAUGGUUGGAGAAUGCACAAAUGAGUUUAUAAAGCUGCUAAACAAAUGGACAGAUACUCCGAUAGAUGUGCUUUCAUUAUCGAAACGUCUUACUAUUCAAAUUUUAGGAAAAUUGGCUUUCACAUAUGAUAUGAAAUUUGACAAUUAUAUAUUUGAAAUAAUUGAACAACGAAGACUUGAAAUGUCUAAAGAAAAAAAUGAAAAUGAAAAUACUGAUUUAUUGACUGGAAUUUUAGAAGCUGCUAACUGUGAAGAUGAUUAUUACACGAAUAAGGAACUUAGAGAUAAUCUAGUUAAUUAUUUCGUUGCCGGGAAUGAUAGCAAGUAUUAA